CAAUUAGAGAUGAUCACAUAGAGUCACUGCCCGUACUGCCCUAAGGAUUCGGAGUAACAACUACGGGCAGCUUCACACUCUUCUCUUUCAUCUCUCAUCUCUCUCUUCUCCUAUAUCUGAGAUUCUGAACAACUCUUUUUUGAUAACCAAUCUCACACUUAUUCCAUUAAUGAACAGAGCUCAUUUCUUUUAGUCUUUUUCUCUUUCUUUCCAUAAUUUUAGAGCUUUCUUUGAGUGAACAAAGAAUGGAGUUGAAAGAACAAGGUUUAAGGUUGUCUCUGGUUCUCUGUAACGCUUCAGUGCUAAACUGCGCCGCUUUGGCUUUAACGGCUACUCUGCUCUCCUCUUUGCUAGAGCUCUUCUCUCAGGUUACUGUCUUGAAGGGUGAUGUUAUAGAGAAUGGAUACGAGGUGGUUGAUGCAGUGGAAGGCAAUGGAAACAAUGAUGAUAGUGGUGAUGAUGGAGGAGAAGAAGAAGAAGGCAGUGCGGAUGAUGCAGAAGGAAAGGAGACCAAGAAAGGACCGGUUAGUGAUCCUGAUUUGAACGGUGAAGCUGGAGAUGAUAAUGAUGAUGAACCUGAAGGAGAUGACGGCAACGAUGACGAUGACGAUAACCAUGAGAACGACGAUGAUGAUGAGGAGGAGGAUGAAGACGAGAAUGAUGAUGGUGGCGAAGAUGACGAUGAUGAGGAGGCAGAGGUAGAGGAGGAGGAAGAGGAAGAAGAUGAUGAGGAAGCACUUCAGCCACCAAAGAAGAGGAAGAAGUGAACAAACCGCUUUGAUCUCCUAACAUUUUAGAUUCAAAAACCAGAACUUGUUAUCGGUUUCUACCAGAAGAGGAGAAAAUCUUAAGGCACCAUCACCUUUAGCUUCGACUGUGUCUUUGUUGUUCCAUAAACCAAAAAAAGACUUUGUUUAGUGUACCAUUUUCAGAUCCAAUGAGACCAGCUUUCUUUUCUUUA